AUGGAUGAGAAAAAUUUCACCAGAGUGAAAGAGUUUAUACUUCUAGGGUUCACAGCAGACUUGUGGUUACAGAGAGUACUCUUUGUCAUUUUCCUCACCAUCUAUGUCAUCAGUCUGUCCGGGAACAUCACCCUGAUUUCUCUGAUUGGUGCUGAUUGUCAACUCCACACACCCAUGUAUUUCUUCAUCGGAAAUCUUUCCUUCCUGGAUCUCUGGUACUCUUCUGUCUAUGCCCCCCAAAUCCUCAUGACCUGCGCUGCGGAAGACAAAAGCAUCUCCUUUGCUGGCUGCCUUGCUCAGUUCUUCUUCUCGGCUGGGCUGGCAUACAGUGAGUGUUACCUGUUGGCCGCCAUGGCUUAUGACCGCUACACGGCCAUCUCCAAUCCUCUGCUUUAUUUCCAGGCGAUGUCUUUGAGGUUAUGUACUGGUCUUGUUGCAGUUUCAUACUUUGGUGGCUUUCUUAACUCAACCCUCAUUACCAGUGAGACAUUUACCCUGAGCUUCUGUGGGAACAAUGUCAUUGACGAUUACUUUUGUGAUCUACCUCCCCUUGUAAAGCUGGCCUGUGAUGUGAAGGAGAGCUACCAGGCUGUGCUCUAUUUCAUACUGGCCUCCAAUGUCAUUACUCCCACUGUGCUCAUCCUCGCCUCUUACCUCUUCAUUGCUGCUGCCAUCUCAAAGAUGCGCUCCACUCAAGGCCGCCUCAAGGCCAUCUCCACUUGUGGCUCUCACCUGACGGCUGUCACUUUGUACUAUGGCUCUAUUCUCUUCGUUUACUCCCGACCAAGUACCAGCUAUGCCCUAGAAAGGGAUAAAGUGGUUUCAGUCUUCUAUACUGUGGUCAUACCAAUGUUGAAUCCCUUGAUCUAUAGCUUAAGAAAUAAAGAUGUUAAAGAUGCCCUGAAGAAAAUGUUAGAUAGGGCAACAUUUUCUUAA